AUGCUUGCAGAGCCACGACGUAAACAAAAAUAUUCAAUAAAUCCUCGUGGAACUCACUGGAGCAAUGAUGACAGUAAAUUUGGUCAGAAACUUAUGGAGAAGUAUGGGUGGAGUAAAGGUAAAGGUCUGGGGGCUAAUGAAGAUGGCCGAGUUGAAAAUGUUGGAAUUAAAAUGAAAUCUGAUAACAAAGGAGUUGGCUGUAGCAAGAAGUUUGCUGAUAAAUGGAUUGAACAUCAGGAUGAUUUUAACGAUCUCUUACAAUCCCUGAAUCAGGAUCAGAAUAAUUCAGAUGAUGGCCAGGAUCAGAAAGUCGUCAGUUUGGAGAAAAAAUCAGAAACGUCACGAAAACGUGUCCACUAUAUGAAGUUUACCAAAGGAAAAGAUUUAUCCUCAAGAUCCAAACAAGAUUUAGAAUGUAUAUUUGGAACCAAA